CUCCUGAGCAAGGCUGGGAGGAUCGACGGGCCAAAGGGAUGCCCCCCACUGCUCCGGGCUAGGGAACCUUCCAAACUGGAUUACAGGGAGGGGCGGGGUCACGAUCUCUCCUGGUGUCUCGGGAUGUAGUGUUAGGGUCCAGGUUCACUGUGCACCGGCCUGCAAACAGGUGUCUGCAGCCCCAGGAGGCGCGGACGGGUGGCAGGGGUCAAAUACCCCUCUCUCCGUACUCCAUCUGUUCUACCAGGGCCUGACUUAGGGUGGGGGCGUUAGAAGAUGAAUGUCAACAUUGAGCUGGGCUCUCCUGGGGCUGGAAUCUCGCCCUGGCUUCACCUGGGCACUCUAUACCAAAAGGGCCUUUACCAGCCUCCAGCGGACCCACUUCAGUCCUGAGGAUUUGGGCCCUGACGGCUGGGGUCCUUCUGAUGUCCCCCUUGUCCCUUUUCACCGCACCCUCCCUCUCUUGUUGAGGAGCCCCCUCCCCCCGCAGAGACCCCAGACAGUCCGUGAUCAGGUUGAAGGGAGGCAAGGGUGGGGUCCGGGAACCUAAGAAUGGGAGGUGGGGUAGCGGCAGAGAUGUCAGCCAGACCUCUGUCUCCCCACCUGUCCAUGCAGGACCUCCCAGUUGUUUGUGGGGGAGGGGGAGUACUGAGGUAAGUUUUCCGGUGACAAGCUUUGAAGUCCCAGCCCUAGGCUAGGAAAGAGAACUCCUGAGCACUGUUUCUGAAGCUUCCACUUGGCGGUGACUGGUCAAGUCCGGAUCUCCAACCUUCCAUCUCCAGUAUGGAGCUAAGAACCCCUCCCCCACUGGACUGUGUGGGAUUUGGAGAUGCUGUGGACUGGAAGGGGCAGGCACACGUGAGAAGACUACAUAGGGACUGACUGCUGUUAUCACAACACACACACACACACACACACACACACACACACACACACACACCUUCAUUCAAGCUUUCUGACCUUAUGCUCCCAAACCCGGGAACACUGGAAUCUUUUCUAUUGGCUGGCAGGAGUCACUUCUUGAAACUGUGGUCUCUUGGAUCCUAUUUGAUCUUGUCCCCAUUUUCCCCAGGCGCUCUCUCUCUCUCGCUCUCUCUCUCUCUCUCUCUCUCUUCCUCUCCAUCUCCCUCCCCCCUCUUUCUCUCCUUUGCUCUCCCCUCCCACAAGAACCCCUGCCCUUCUCUGUCACAGCCGCAGCCACACAUGAUAGAAACAGCCAUGUGGUAGGAAGCUCUUGCCGAGUACCCCGGAGAAGCAUCUUUGCUCCUCCAGCCAUCCAUUAGACUCCACUAGCCCCCAUUUCUCAGACAGAGCAGGUGAGGCGCAGGAGUGCUUCACGACUUACCUGGAAGUGGGAGCUACCUAGAACAAGCAGAGCAGUACUGACACCCACCCUCCCAACGUCUCAGAGAGAAGGGGGACCUCUGUGAGCAAGACCAGGCUGGGUCAGCAGAAGCAUCAUGGGGCUGGAUCUUGCCCUAGUCGUUGCUCUGACCUUGGCUUGCAAUUUGACCUUGGGCCCCUCCCUCUUCUCUCUGGAGCUCUGUUUCCUGCAGUGAGUGGGAAUCCCGGAUGCCUUUUGUCUUUCCAAGAAGGUAGAAGAUAUUCCCAGGCUUGGCAGGGUGCUCUCUCCUAAUCCCCCUUUCUCUUGAUGCCUGAGAAUCAACCUAUACCUAUUGGUCCCUAAAAGAGAGGGUGCAGGUGCAUGCAUAGAAGUGUGUUCCUGCAUGACCCAGAGUGGAGAGUGCGAACUCCCAAACAGGUGGAAAAGGAGAGACCAAGCCAGGUAGGUUCUGGCCCUGCCCCAUUUAUUUGCCUGCUGUCUGCUGCUUCUGGACCAACCCAUCCUUAUUGUGCCAGCCUCCUGGGAUUCACCUGAUGGUGGGGCUAGGGCUCCAUGUAGAUUCCUGAUUGGCUCAUCUUUGGGGGACCCCCAUUCUCUGGCCCUGGAACAGGAGCAAGCUUCCUUCUGAUUGGGGGAGGACCAGUUGGCAGCCUCCUGCUCUUAGAACUCUUGUCACCAUGGAAACAGAUCGGACUGCUCUCCAUGUCAGGCUGUCCUCAUCACCACUGCCUAACCACAGAGAAGAUUGCCAUCAUGGUCAGACAACUGUCACUCAGUCAGCCCAGCACUGUCGUUUCUGUGCAGCCUGGGAAUCCACUGCCCGACUCCAUGCUACAGCAGACGUCUCCAGCUGUGGGAUACUUUGUUCACCCCUGUUCUCCUGUCAGGGAUGGAAGCCAGGCCUGGUGCAUGCAGACAGAUGCUCUACCAUGGAGCCACACCCCAGCCCUCCUUUCAUCUUGGUCGUAGUGACACACACAUGUAGCCAACACCCAGUGAAGUUGGCUGUCACUAUCUGUUUUGGGUGGAAAGUCUUUGGGACAGAAACUCCUCUGGUCAGUGGCUUGGCUCGGAGUCCCUGGGAGAGCCCUCAGUCAUUGUGAGCCUCUGGCUAAGACCCCUAACAGAGAGCCCCCUGACAUUGUAUUGUAUAGGCUCACACCUCUGAAGGAGCAUACUGGCUCCUUGAGACCCUUUCCUCAAACAGAAAUUAGGAACAGUGCAUGCUGGUUGGAAUGUCCUGACCCAUUCAAUGAGCUGACCAGCCCCGCAAGUGAAGACAUAUAUUUUAGAUUGUGUUAAGCCAGCUUUUGACUGAAGAAUUCUUCCACAGAAUGCCUGUGCUAGGAGUGUCUCAAAGGAUAUGUUUCAGGAAACUUAGAUCUACCCAGUCUCCACCCUGUCUUGAAGACUAGGGUCACACCGUGUACUAGCAUAGACCAUGAACCAGAAUCAGCCUUCUGGUUCCCAGGAUUGCCUACAAGUGUAUCUGGAUAGAAAGCUGAGGGAAGGCUUUUCUCCUGGGGUGCACAUCAUGGCUGGAUAUUCACUGAUUGGCCUACUUGGUAUUUCCAUUCUCCUGGGCACUUGGGAAUUUCAGAAGCAAGCAGGCAAGCCCAUCACCCCAGACCUGCUGAUGACUCCCAGUGACCAGGGCGAUGUGGACCUGGAUGUAGACUUCGCAGCAGACAGGGGCAACUGGACGGGCAAGCUGGACUUCCUGCUGUCCUGCAUCGGCUACUGCGUGGGCUUGGGAAAUGUCUGGCGCUUUCCCUACCGAGCCUACACCAAUGGAGGCGGAGCCUUCCUCGUGCCCUACUUCCUCAUGCUGGCCAUCUGUGGAAUCCCCCUCUUCUUUCUUGAGCUCUCCCUGGGCCAGUUCUCCAGCCUGGGACCCCUGGCUGUCUGGAAAAUCAGCCCUCUCUUUAAAGGUGCAGGUGCGGCCAUGCUGCUCAUUGUAGGCCUGGUGGCCAUUUACUACAACAUGAUUAUCGCCUACGUCCUCUUCUACCUCUUCGCCUCCCUCACCAGCAAUUUGCCCUGGGAGCACUGUGGCAACUGGUGGAACACGGAGCUUUGCCUGGAGCACAGAGGCCCCAAGAGUGGUAAUGGGGUGCUGCCUCUUAACCUCAGCAGCACCGUCAGCCCCAGUGAGGAGUACUGGAGCCGCUAUGUCCUGCACAUACAGGGCAGCCAGGGCAUCGGCCGACCGGGGGAGAUUCGCUGGAACCUCUGCCUCUGCCUGCUGCUGGCCUGGGUCAUCGUGUUCCUCUGUAUCUUGAAGGGGGUGAAGUCCUCGGGCAAGGUGGUGUAUUUCACGGCCACCUUUCCCUACCUCAUCCUCCUCAUGCUGCUGGUUCGAGGAGUGACCCUUCCCGGGGCCUGGAAGGGCAUCCAGUUCUAUCUCACCCCCCAGUUCCACCACCUGUUAUCUUCAAAGGUGUGGAUUGAAGCUGCUCUUCAGAUCUUUUAUUCUCUAGGAGUGGGCUUUGGGGGUCUCCUCACCUUUGCUUCCUACAACACAUUCCAUCAGAACAUCUACAGAGACACCUUCAUUGUCACUCUGGGCAAUGCCAUCACUAGCAUCCUGGCUGGCUUUGCUAUCUUCUCGGUGCUGGGCUACAUGUCUCAGGAGCUGGGUGUGCCCGUGGACCAAGUGGCCAAAGCAGGCCCUGGCCUGGCCUUUGUUGUCUACCCACAGGCCAUGACCAUGUUGCCUCUGUCACCUUUCUGGUCCUUCCUCUUCUUCUUCAUGCUUCUGACGCUUGGCCUGGAUAGCCAGUUUGCCUUUCUAGAAACCAUAGUGACUGCAGUGACUGAUGAGUUCCCAUACUACCUGCGGCCCAAGAAGGCAGUGUUCUCAGGACUCAUCUGUGUGGCCAUGUACCUGAUGGGACUGAUUCUCACCACUGAUGGGGGUAUGUACUGGCUGGUCCUUUUGGAUGACUACAGCGCCAGCUUCGGACUCAUGGUGGUGGUGAUCACCACGUGCCUCGCUGUCACCCGGGUAUAUGGCAUCCAGCGGUUCUGCCGAGAUAUCCACAUGAUGCUAGGCUUCAAGCCAGGCCUCUACUUCAGGGCCUGCUGGCUGUUUCUGUCUCCAGCUACACUCUUGGCCUUGCUGGUGUACAGCAUCGUCAAGUACCAGCCCUCAGAAUAUGGCAGCUAUCGCUUCCCCGCCUGGGCCGAGCUGCUAGGCAUCCUGAUGGGUCUGCUCUCUUGCCUCAUGAUCCCAGCUGGUAUGCUGGUAGCUGUGCUUCGAGAGGAGGGCUCGCUCUGGGAGAGACUUCAGCAAGCCAGUCGGCCUGCUAUGGACUGGGGCCCAUCUCUGGAAGAGAACCGGACGGGAAUGUAUGUGGCCACACUGGCUGGGAGCCAGUCACCAAAGCCACUGAUGGUACACAUGCGCAAAUACGGGGGCAUCACCAGCUUCGAGAACACGGCCAUUGAGGUGGACCGUGAGAUCGCAGAGGAGGAGGAGGAGUCUAUGAUGUGAGGCCAGAGACCACCAAAUAGGAGGGCUGGUCGGGGCCUCACAGUCCCUUCCGUGGCCUGCAGGGGAUUCUGACAGGCAAUGGGAGGUUGCCGUGGCAACGACAGUCCCCAGCAUAAGUCCCUCUUAGUGGCCUCUACAUCUCCUGGAACCUCUAUCUAGAUGGACAUACAUACACUAGGUAACUCAUUCAAAGCUGAAAUGAUCCAGCUCAGCCCUUGGUUUGUGAGGGAUGUGUUGAAGCCAGGGAGAGAAGGUCUGGACCAAAGUCACAUGCCCAAGAGGACCUGUUCCCAAGCCUCCAGCCAGCCAACUCCCUUUCUCUUUGGGGGGAGCAAGCACCAUGUUUGAUAUCAUUGUUCAGACAUUUUGACAAGAUACAUUUCCAUACAAGCCAACUUUAAACCCCCGGGGUCAGGGUAGUGGAACGCUGGAGAGUCCCAAGGUCCUGGAUAGAGAGAGCCAGGGAGUGAAUUGGGCAGAAAAGUCUCUGUGGGUUCCUAUGUUAAGGCCAGUUUUUCCAGAAGAGGUGGGAGCUUUGGGGGCUGAGAGAGAUGAAAGAUUGCAGAACAUGCAGGAGGGAAGGCUUAUGGGUCAGAGCUGCCGCUGGGCCAGGAGGAGGCCCAAUCUGCCAGAGCAGAGACCAGGAGUGGCUGGAGAUGCUGAUGCUCCCAGGUUAUAAGAGGGAAUGAGGACUAUUAGCAGGGAGGGGGAGCCAGAAAGGCAGGGUGGGGGGACUUGCAUGGCACUGUAUAGCAUUUUAGGUCUGUUUGGGGGUGGAUUAGGGACAGGUAUAGAGGUGGGAGGACUGUGGAGGACAGGAGAGAGGUACUAAUGGCUGGAGUUAGAUGCUUGGGUGGGAGUGGGUAGAGCCCACCCUUCACCGUUUGGAUACCAUCCUUGGGCUGGCAGGCGUCCUGAAGAGCUCCCACCAUGGGGAUAGGAAUGAGAAAUGAGAGUUUUCUCCCUUGCCGCUGUGGCUUCCAAUAACAAUGGCUACCGAGACUCUGAGGUGGUCCACACGUCGGACAUCCUGAUGCUGCAGGGCACCUGACAGGGGGCAGCCUCUGUCCUGGGUCCCUGCGAGAUGCUGUUCAGGUGUGGCCCACGCACUGCAUUCCCCAGGAGAGCAGGGCACGUUUCAUGCAGCAUAUGACCUAAGAGUGACCUCUCUCCUGGCCUCUCCCCAGCCCAUUUGUGUUCUUCUGGUAGGUUGUCAAUAAAUCCCAAAUGGCAUCGUCAUCUU